CUCGGCCUGCCGGGUUAGCCCCGGUCGGCUAGGGUGUGCGGCCGCGGGAACAGCGCUUGCGGAUGAUGUGGGGCAGCGGUCGCCUGGCGGGUGCUGGGGGUGACGGGGCGGCUGUGACCGUGGCCUUCAUCAACGCUCGCGACUGCUUCCUCCAUUUGCCGCGGCGCCUCGUGGCCCAGCUGCAUCUGCUGCAGAAUCAAGCUAUAGAAGUAGCCUGGGGUCACGAGCCUGCAUUCUUGAGCUGGGUGGAAGGCAGACAUUUUAGUGAUCAAGGUGAAAAUGUGGCUGAAAUUAGCAGACAAGUUGGUCAGAAACUUGGACUUUCAAAUGGGGAACAGGUGUUUCUCAAGCCUUGUUCCCAUGUGGUGUCUUGUCAACAAGUUGAGGUGGAACCCCUCUCAGCAGAUGAUUGGGAGAUACUGGAGUUUUAUGGUGUCCUGUUUAAGUCUGAGCUGCAUGCUGCUUCCCUUGAACAGCAUCUUCUAGAUCAAAUUCGAAUAGUUUUUCCAAAAGCCAUUUUUCCUGUUUGGGUUGAUCAGCAAACUUACAUAUUUAUCCGGAUUGUUGCAUUAAUACCAGCUGCUCCUUAUGGAAGGCUGGAAACUGAUAGCAGACUCCUUAUUCAGCCAAAGACCCACGAAGCCAAAGAGAAUACGUUUUCAAAAGCAGAUAAUGCACAUGGAAAAUUUCAUAAUUAUGGAGGAGACCAAAAAGGAUUGACAAGAGAACUUCGAACCAAGCAACUUCAGUCAAAUACUGUAGGAGUCGCUGGGUCUAAAGAAACAGAUUCAGAGGAUACAGUUGACUCAUCCUUAAUACCAAGCUUAUGGACUGUGAUGGGAAGCAUUUUUUCUUUUGGGUCUGAGAAGAAACAAGACACCUCCUGGGGGGUAACUGAAAUCAAUGCGUUCAAAACUAUGCAGUCAAAAGUUGUUCCUCUGAACAAUAUUUUCAGAGUGUGCAAAUCUCAGCCGCCCAGCAUAUGUAAUGCAUCAGCAACUUCUCUGUUUCACAAACAUUACGCCAUUCAUGUAUUUCCAUGGGACCAGGAAUAUUUUGAUGUGGAGCCCAGCUUUACUGUGACCUAUGGAAAACUAGUUAAACUACUUUCUCCAAAGCAACAGCAAAGUAAAACGAAGCAAAAUGUCCUGUCACCUGAAAAAGAGAAGCAGAUGUCAGAACCACUAGAUCAAAAACAGAGUAGCCCAGACCAUAGUCAAGAAGGUGGCAAUGCCUGUGUGCUAAAGGUAGUCUGGAACGGGCUUGAGGAAUUGGAGAAUGCCAUUAAAUACACCAAAAACUUAGAAGCUCUUCAUCUUGGGAAAGUUUGGAUUCCAGAUGACCUGAGAAAGAGACUAAAUAUAGAAAUGCACGCAGUAGUCAGAAUAACUCCAGUGGAAAUUACCCCUAAAAUUCCAAGAUUUCUAAAAUUACAACCUAGAGAAAACUUACCUAAAGACAUAAGUGAAGAAGACAUAAAAACUGUGUUCUAUUCAUGGCUACAGCAGUCUACUACUACCACACUUCCUCUGAUAGUAUCAAAGGAAGAAUAUAUUAAGUUGGAAAUGAAAGAUGGGUUGAAGGAGUUUUCUCUGAAUAUAGUUCAUUCUUGGGAAAAGGAAAAAGAAGAAACUCUUUUUCUGUUGAGUACCAAUCUGCUACAGAAGAUGACAAUAGAAGUCCUUCUGGAUCCUAUGGUAAAAGAAGAAAACAGUGAGGAAAUUGACUUUAUGCUUCCUUUUUUAAAGCUGAACUGCUUGGGAGGAGUGAACUCCUUAGGCGUCUCCUCCGUGGAGCACAUCACUCAUAGCCUCCUAGGACGCCCUUUGUCUCGGCAGCUGAUGGCCCUUGUGGCAGGACUUAGAAACGGAGCCCUUUUACUCACAGGAGGAAAGGGGAGUGGAAAGUCAACUUUAGCGAAGGCAAUCUGUAAAGAAGCAUUUAACAUAUUGGAUGCCCAUGUGGAAAUAGUUGACUGUAAAGCUUUACGAGGAAAAAGGCUUGAAAACAUACAGAAAGCCCUAGAGGCGGCUUUCUCAGAGGCGGCGUGGCGGCAGCCUUCUGUUGUCCUGUUGGAUGACCUGGAUCUCGUCGCUGGCCUGUCUGCUCUUCCAGAACACGAGCACAGUCCCGAGGCUGUGCAGAGCCGGAGGCUCGCACAUGCUUUGAACGAUGUGGUGAAAGAGUUUAUUUCCAUGGGAAGUUUGGUGGCACUGAUUGCUACAAGCCAGUCUCAACAUUCUCUACAUCCUUUACUUGUUUCUGCUCAAGGAAUUCAUAUAUUUCAGUGUGUCCAGCAUAUUCAACCUCCUGACCAGGGUUUUAGGAGAUCUGUGCCAGAAGCAAGACAAAGACCAAAUAUAUACAAGCACACACAACCUGUCACCUCCUCUGGGGACUUCAGUCCUGACGGCUUUAGUGGCAGCGCGCUCAAAAAGAAUGUUCUGGGACAGGAUCAAAGAUGUGAAAUUCUGUAUAAUGUAAUAAAAAAUAAACUAGGCUGUGAUAUGAACAAGUUCACUGAUCUUGAUCUGCAGUGUAUAGCAAAAGAAACUGAAGGGUUUGUGGCUAGAGAUUUUACAGUGCUUAUGGAUCGAGCCAUACAUUCUUGUCUCUCUCAUCAGAGUAUAUCCACCAGGGAAGAAUUAGUUUUAACAACAUUGGACUUGCGAAAGGCUCUCCGAGGAUUUAUUCCUGUGUCUCUGCGAAAUGUCAACCUGCAUAACCCUAGGGACCUGGGCUGGGAUAAGAUUGGUGGAUUACACGAAGUUCGGCAGAUACUUGUGGACACUAUCCAGUUACCAGCCAAGUACCCAGAAUUAUUUGCAAACUUGCCCAUACGACACAGGACAGGAGUGCUGUUGUACGGUCCUCCUGGAACAGGAAAAACCUUACUAGCUGGAGUAAUUGCACGAGAGAGUGGAAUGAAUUUUAUUAGUGUCAAGGGACCAGAGUUACUCAGCAAAUAUAUUGGAGCAAGUGAACAAGCUGUACGGGAUAUUUUUAUUAGAGCGCAGGCUGCAAAGCCCUGCAUCCUUUUCUUUGAUGAAUUUGAAUCUAUUGCACCUCGACGAGGCCACGAUAAUACAGGAGUUACAGAUCGUGUGGUUAACCAGUUGCUGACUCAGUUGGAUGGAGUAGAAGGCUUACAGGGUGUUUAUGUAUUGGCUGCCACUAGUCGCCCUGACUUGAUUGACCCUGCCCUGCUCAGGCCUGGCCGACUAGAUAAAUGUGUAUACUGUCCUCCUCCUGAUCAGGUGUCACGUCUUGAAAUUUUAAACGUUCUCAGUGACUCUCUACCUCUGGCAGAUGAUGUGGACCUUCAGAACAUGGCAUCAGUAACCAACUCCUUUACGGGAGCUGAUCUGAAAGCUUUACUUUACAAUGCCCAGUUAGAGGCCUUACAUGGAAGGCUGCUAUCCUGUGGGCUGCAGGAUGGCAGUUCCAGCUCUGAUAGUGACCUGAGUCUGUCUUCAAUGGUUUUUCUUAACCACAGCAGUGGCUCUGAUGAUUCAGCUGGAGAUGGAGAAUGUGGCUUAGAGCAGUCCCUUGUUUCUCUAGAGAUGUCUGAGGUGCUUCCAGAUGAAUCAAAAUUCAAUAUGUACCGACUCUACUUUGGAAGCUCUUAUGAAUCAGAACUUGGAAACGGAACCUCUUCUGAUUUGAGCUCACAAUGCCUGUCAGCACCAAGCUCCAUGACUCGGGAUUUUCCUGGAGUUCCUGGGAAAGAUCAGUCUUCACAACCCCCAGUCUUCAGAACAGCCUCACAAGAGGGUUAUCAAGAGCUCACACAGGAACAAAGAGAUCAACUGAGGGCAGAUAUCAGUAUUAUCAAAGGCAGAUACCAAAGCCACAUUGGAGAGGAUGAUGCCCUUAACCAGCCAGGCCCCAUCAGAACCAGUCUGGCUAUUAGUCAGGCACAUUUAAUGACUGCGCUCAGUCACACAAGGCCAUCCAUCAGUGAAGAUGACUGGAAGAACUUUGCUGAGCUGUAUGAAAGCUUUCAAAAUCCAAAGAAGAGAAAAAAUCAAAGUGGAACAGUGUUUCGACCUGGACAGAAAGUAACUCUGGCAUAAAAUAUACUUCUGAUUUUUUUGUGUGUUUAUGUGUGUGGUAGUUUGUCCCUGUGUUGUAACAGUGAAAAUGGUGUCUGUACAUUUCUUUUUAAUUUAACUUAAUUUGUUAAUCUAUAAAAUCAAAGAUUUGGUAAACCUGUGUUUAUGUAAUGAUCAGGAUUACUUGAUAUUAAUACUUUAGAAUAGAUUGGGACACUUAAGAGAUUCUGUAUUUUAUUACCUAUAUAUUUAAAUUCUCAAUGAAGUAAUAUUGGCCACAUGGAAUAACUGAUUUUUUCUCCUUUGAAGAAGAAAAGAGAAUGUAAUUAAAUACAUUUCUUAGAAUUCACUGACAGUUGCAUAUUCAGCAUCUUUCUUGCAUUUGACAAGCUUUAUGCUUAGCACCUUCUUGACUGUUUUGGAAAUAAAAU